AUGGGGGGCAGCACCAACCCCCCCCCCCACUGCAUCCCUACGGAGCGGGAGCCUCCGGCAGCCAAGGGCCCCCUGCCCUCCCCGCACGUGGGUGCCGGGCGCCCCACUGGUGUGACGAGCGCGUGGGUGCUCUGCCCGCCAGGCUUGCUGGAGUGCUGCGUCCGCUGCCUCAUCGGGGCGCCCUUCGCCUCGCUCGUGGCCACCGGCCUCUGCUUCUUCGGCGUCGCGCUCUUCUGCGGCUGCGGCCACGAGGCCCUCACGGGCACCGAGCAGCUCAUCGAGACCUACUUCUCCAAGAACUACCAGGACUAUGAGUAUCUCAUCGACGUCAUCCACGCCUUUCAGUACUUCAUCUACGGCACGGCCUCCUUCUUCUUCCUCUACGGAGCCCUGCUGCUGGCCGAAGGCUUCUACACCACGGGCGCCGUGCGGCAAAUCUUGGGCGACUACAAGACCACGCUGUGCGGCAAGGGGCUCAGCGCAACGUUCGUGGGCAUCACGUACGUGCUGACGGUGCUGUGGCUGCUCGUGUUYGCCUGCUCCGCCGUGCCCGUCUACAUCUACUUCAGCACCUGGACCACGUGCCAGUCCAUCGCCAACCCCAGCAAGACCUCGGCCAGCAUCGGCACGCUGUGCGCCGACGCGCGGAUGUACGGCGUCCUGCCCUGGAACGCCUUCCCCGGCAAGGUGUGCGGCGCCAACCUGCUCUCCGUGUGCAAGACCAGCGAGUUCCAGAUGACUUUCCACCUCUUCAUCGCCGCCUUCGUGGGCGCCGCCGCCACGCUGGUCUCGCUGCUCACCUUCAUCAUCGCCACCACCUACAACUUCGCCGUCCUCAAGCUCAUGGGCCGAGGCACCAAGUUCUAGCGAGCGGCCGGCGCCCGCCGCCGCCUCCUCCGUCCUCCGCUAACCCCGAGGCUUUAACACUGCCGCCGGCCAGCGGGCCCCCUCUAACGCUGCCUUUGCCGCCAGCCGCCCUCCU